GGGGGCCGGGCCAGGGCCGCGCGAGGGGCGAGCGCGGCGGCGGGCCGGGCGGGACCGUGGCCGGAGCUGAGCCGGGACUGUCGCGCGGGCCGCGCCGGCGAUGCCGCGCCCCCGGGCCGGGCUGUAGCGGGGCCGCGGCCGAGCGCGCGCCGAGCAGGCCGGCCAUGGAGGUGGUGGACGAGACCGAGGCGCUGCAGCGCUUCUUCGAAGGCCACGACAUCAAUGGGGCCCUGGAGCCCUCCAACAUAGACACCAGCAUCCUGGAGGAGUACAUCAGCAAGGAGGAUGCCUCUGACCUCUGUUUCCCUGACAUCUCUGCUCCAGCCAGUGCAGCCUCCUACCCCCACGGGCCGCCUACGAUCCCUGGCUCCAGCGGGGGCCACCACCUGAGCCCCCCUGGGGGCGGACCGUCCCCGGGACGCCACGGCUCCCUCCCCGCCCCGAGCUACAGCGCCCCGCUCAACUGCAACAACAAUGCUAUGGCUAGCGCUCCCAAGCCCUUCCUGGGGGGCUCUGGGCCCCCCAUCAAGGCAGAGCCCAAGGCUCCCUAUGCCCCAGGCACGCUGCCGGAUUCUCCCCCAGACUCGGGCUCCGAGGCCUACUCCCCCCAGCAGGUGAAUGACUCCCAUCUCCUGCGCACCAUAACCCCUGAGACCCUGUGCCACGUGGGCGUGCCUCCUCGCCUGGAGCACCCACCUCCACCUCCGGCCCACCUCCCAGGCCCCCCGCCGCCCCCGCCCCCCCCACCUCACUACCCAGUCCUGCCGCGGGACCUGUACAUGAAGGCCGAGCCCCCUAUGCCCACCUAUGCUGCCAUGGGGCAGGGGCUUGUGCCCAGCGAUCUGCACCACACUCAGCAGUCCCAGAUGCUACACCAGCUGCUGCAGCAGCACGGAGCUGAGCUCCCCGCACACCCCUCCAAGAAGAGGAAGCACUCCGAAUCACCUUCCAACACCCUCAAUGCCCAGAUGCUGAAUGGAAUGAUCAAACAGGAGCCCGGGACCGCAGCGACGCUGCCCCCACACCCAGCUCGAGCCCCAUCCCCACCCUGGCCUCCCCAGGGCCCCCUCUCACCAGGGCCCGGCUCCUUGCCCCUCAGCAUCGCCCGGGUCCAGACACCGCCUUGGCACCCGCCAGGGGCACCCUCACCAGGUCUCCUGCAGGACAGUGAUAGCCUCAGUGGCUCCUACCUGGACCCCAAUUACCAGUCCAUCAAGUGGCAACCGCAUCAGCAGAACAAGUGGGCCACGCUGUAUGACGCAAACUACAAGGAGCUGCCCAUGCUCACCUACCGUGUAGACGCCGACAAGGGCUUCAACUUCUCGGUGGGCGAUGACGCGUUCGUGUGCCAGAAGAAGAACCACUUCCAGGUCACGGUGUACAUCGGCCUGCUGGGCGAGCCCAAGUACGUCAAGACGCCCGAAGGCCUCAAGCCCCUUGACUGCUUCUACCUGAAACUGCACGGAGUGAAGCUGGAGGCCCUGAACCAGUCCAUCAAUAUUGAGCAGUCCCAGUCGGACCGGAGCAAGCGGCCCUUUAACCCUGUGACGGUCAACCUGCCCCCUGAGCAGGUCACGAAGGUGACCGUGGGGCGCCUGCACUUCAGCGAGACCACUGCCAACAACAUGCGCAAGAAGGGCAAACCCAACCCCGACCAGAGGUACUUCAUGCUGGUGGUGGCCCUCCAGGCCCACGCACAGAACCAGAACUACACGCUGGCUGCCCAGAUCUCAGAACGCAUCAUCGUGAGGGCCUCCAACCCCGGCCAGUUUGAGAGUGACAGCGACGUGCUGUGGCAGCGGGCGCAGGUGCCCGACACUGUCUUCCACCAUGGUCGUGUGGGCAUCAACACGGACAGGCCUGACGAGGCGCUGGUCGUGCACGGCAACGUCAAGGUCAUGGGCUCUCUCAUGCACCCGUCGGACCUGCGAGCCAAGGAGCACGUGCAGGAGGUGGACACCACCGAGCAGCUAAAGAGGAUCUCGCGCAUGCGGCUGGUGCACUACAGAUACAAGCCGGAGUUCGCCGCCACGGCUGGCAUCGAGGGCACAGCGCCAGAGACGGGUGUCAUCGCCCAGGAAGUGAAGGAGAUCCUGCCGGAGGCCGUGAAGGACACUGGAGACGUUGUCUUUGCCAAUGGGAAAACCAUAGAGAACUUCUUGGUGGUGAACAAGGAGCGCAUCUUCAUGGAGAACGUGGGGGCUGUGAAGGAGCUGUGCAAGCUCACGGACAACCUGGAGACGCGCAUUGACGAGCUGGAGCGCUGGAGCCACAGGCUGGCCAGACUGCGGCGGCUGGACAGCCUCAAGUCCACCGGCAGCUCGGGCGCGUUCAGCCAUGCGGGGAGUCAGUUCAGCCGAGCGGGCAGUGUCCCCCACAAGAAGAGGCCCCCCAAGGUGGCUAGCAAGCCAUCUUCUGUGGUCCCAGACCAGGCCUGCAUCAGUCAGCGCUUUCUGCAGGGAACCAUCAUCGCCCUGGUGGUGGUCAUGGCCUUCAGCGUGGUGUCCAUGUCCACACUGUACGUGCUGAGCCUGCGCACCGAGGAGGACCUGGUAGAAACCGAUGGCUCUUUUGCCGUGUCCACUUCCUGUCUUCUGGCCCUGCUCCGGCCCCAGCACCCUGGGGGGAGUGAGGCCAUGUGCCCAUGCAGGUCCAGCCAGAGCUUCGGGACCACCCAGCUCCGACAGUCCCCUGUGACCACUGGGGUGCCAGGCACACCACCCUCUUUGCUGCUGGUUACCACUGGCCUGACCAGCUCGGCCCCGGGUCCGGUCAUCCCCACCUUGGACCUGUGCUCCAGCCACCCCUGCCCGGUCGUCUGCUGCUCCUCAGCCACUCCUAGCCCUACCGCAGCCCCUAGUCUUGGCCCCAGCUUUAAACCUGGCCACGGCCUCAGCCCCAGUCCCAGCCCCUCCACCAACAGCUCAGGCCCCAGCCAGAUGGCGUUGCUGCCAGUCACCAACAUCAGAGCCAAGUCGUGGAGCCUGUCAGCCAAUGGUAUUGGCCACUCCAAGCGUCCAAAGAGCUCAGAGCCUCUGGCCAGCCCUGCGGUCCCCUUCCCUGGAGGGCAGGGCAAAGCCAAGAACAGCCCCAGCCUUGGCCUCCAUGGCCGGACCCGCCGAGGGGUCCCCCAACCUGGCCUGAGCCCUGCUCAGCCCACUCAGCCCCGGGGCCAGCCAGCCUCUCUCCUUGCAGACGCAGUGCCCUCCCUGACCUCCAUCCAGGUGCUGGAGACUUCAAUGCCCAUCACUUCCCAGUACUGCGCUCCAGGGGAUGCCUGCAGGCCUGGAAACUUCACGUACCGCAUCCCCGUCAGCAGCAGCACCCCGCUACACCUCAGCCUGACUCUGCAGAUGAACUCUUCGUCUCCCGUGUCUGUGGCGCUGUGCAGCCUGAUGUCGAAGGAGGAGCCGUGCGAGGAGGGGGGCUUCCCACAGAGCCUGCACACCCACCAGGACACCCAGGGCACCUCCCACCAGUGGCCAGUAACGAUCCUGUCUUUCCGAGAAUUCACCUACCACUUCCGGGUGGCACUGCUGGGUCAGGCCAACUGCAGCGCAGAGGCCCCGGUCCGGCCAGCCACAGACUACUACUUCCAUUUCUACCGCCUGUGUGAUUGAGCUGCCGUCCCCGAGGCGGCACCACAGCCAGGCCGGGGCACCGUGUGCCCCUUCCGCACUGGACGCGGCUGCGUUACCCUGGAGCCUGCCACCCGCCCAGCUCUCUGCUGCUCACUGGCACAUCCCUUGGAGACUGAUCUGGGCUUGGCCCUCCCCACGACUGGGGAAACUGGAAGUCCUCACACUGGAGUUGCUGUUCCUGCUGGUCGCCCCUCACGCGCUGCAUGGGGAGCCAGGGAGACCUCCUGGGGCCGGGACAGGACCAGUUUGUCUGUGUCUGUCCAGCUCCGGUGGUUGGAGGAGUGGCUGCAGGGGCCUUGGAGGCAAGGGUAAGCCUGUGACUGUCCAGAGCCUACCCGCCUACUCUCCCCUCUUGAGACUGUGAGCUGCCCCUCUUCUGGAGUGGGGGACCUGCUGCCUUUGACUUGGCUGGAGCCCUAAAAGACUUGGCUGGAUCCGUGAGUCCGCGGAGAAUAUAUAGCUCUUACCCUCGAAGCUGCUCCCUGGGGGGUGGCGAGGUGGUGGACUUUUUGGGGUUUGACUGUUACGCUGGACUUGGGACUUUGAAGCUUUAAGUGUGGCCCAGGAGGUCUCUUCUCCCUGGGAGCACUGGCUCCCGAGAGCUCCCAGGGCAACUGAAGCCAGCCCUGGAUGGGCUGGAAAGACUGACCAUGUGCCUUACGUAUACUUAGUGCCUGGCUGAACCAGUGCAGGGGGCCAGGGGGCCCGGUUAGCCUUGGACCCUUGAAACCUGGAGUAUCCUGGAAGAGAAGUUCCCCGUGAUCCUCCCCUGCCCCCAGUGAGUGUUGCAGCCCCACGGCCUGGGCUCCUAGGAGCUUCCAGAGCUUAUAGUCACAGCUGGGACCCAUCAUUAUCUCUGAGCAGAGGAGCGGGAAUCCCUGCAAGGCAGCGGGCUGGUCUUGGCUGGUACGUGGAGUCAAACAGCUUUUGCUGUUAUUGAUGAAGUAAUUACUAAAAUGCACUUAAGCCGGGGCAGGAGUGGAAGGAUGGAGAAGGAAAGGCUGGAGAAGUACAGAGCUCUCGGGAGACACUUCACCAGACAGGGCCCUGGCUCUGGUCCGUCCCAGGGAGGCUUCAGACACCCAUCCUGCUCCCGACCACCGCGAUUCUGGCUUCUCCCUCCUCUCUUGUCUGCUGGCGACUUUGUCUCCCCAGAUCGAGGCUCCCAUGUUGGGCUCAACUAGCCCACGGCUGGCAGGAGACUCCAUCUCCGCCCUCUCCCCCUGGAGGUGGAGCAGUGGGCUUGUGUUGCUGAAGUCUUAACUCAAGUGCCAGUGUUACAGGAACCGUCCUUAGUGGGAGCCUGGAGCGUUCUGAGGUCAAAGCCAGGCUCACCGAAAGAGUGUGGGAAGCAUUUAGCCACACCUACACGGGUCCAGUAAGGGGAAGAGGAAUCGCCACCCCUGCCCCUCGGUAUUCUGCCACCUCUUUGGGAACCAGGCCUUACCCCUCUCCGACCUCUCAUUCUCAGCUCUGAAUGGGAGACCUUUCUGUGGGGAGUGGAAAUCUUUGAGAAGCCUGUGAGGCGCAGGCCCUCUUCGGCCACGGGUCUCAAAGCACUUAUCCUCAGGGGAAUUGGGGGAUAGGGACACCCCAGCUCCCAGCUCCCUCAUUGACAUAGGAAUUACAUGGCUCCCCACACCAUGCAGGGGCCGGGCCUUACUUAGGACUACUCUGUUCUCCAUCCACCCGCACUGGGCGGCGGGGGGUGACCCUCCUGAAAUGCCUUAAAACUGGUGAGCCCCACCCUUUGUAAUAGGAUUCUGGGGCUUCCUUAGUGAGGGUGCCUGUCUGUGGACUGUGGCCCCUCAGUCCUUAACUGGAAAGUGACCCUCCACUGCCCCUGGAGCCCUUCUGGACACAGCACAGCCCCAAUCUGGUUAGCAGCUGGCUGUUUCCAUGCCUGAGGAGGGAUCCUCAGUGCAAGGAUUGGGGCCAAGCUGGGGCUCCAAGCUGCUUGGGAGGUGGGGGGGGGGGGUCAACCUUGGACCAAAGUUGCCUUAAGCCCAUGAAGGUAAAAGGGCUUCAGGGAAGGGGAGUGGGUCACCUGCUGGAGGCUGACAGCUGCCCAGCUGGCACUGGUAAGUGGGAGUCUUGGCUCCCUUCCCUAUGUGGGGUCCAGCAGCCAACCCUCCCUUCCUCGCUCCCCCUUGGCAUUUAUUCCUGUAGCCACUGGGCUAAUCUCCCCCAAGCUUCAAGCUGUACAUAGGGCCUCUCAAUGCACGAGUCUCUCUGCCCAUAUCGUAUCCUCUCCCUCCACGAAGGCCUGCAUGUGCAUAGAGCGCCCCUCCCUCCCGGUUAACCCCCAGCCCCCGUCCCUGAGUGCUGACUCCUCUAUUUAUCGUGUACCAACUCUGACUCUGCAGUGGGCAGAGGGAAGCAGCCCUGGGCCUGCUUUCUUCCUGCUCCUGUUCUUUUCUUCCGAAGUAAAUAUACGUAUAUAAAUAAAUGUAAAAAUAUGGCUUUGUAUCUGA